GACACUGAAAUUCAGUCAGAUUUGAGCACUUUCUGUCUCUCCGUCUCGUUCAUAAAAUCGUUCCACGAUACUUAAUCUUAAAAAAUGGCAAACUUGAAAAUUGAGAAGGUGGAAGUGACCGAUAUUCGAUUUCCAACUUCGUUGGAGGGUCAUGGCUCUGACGCCAUGCACACGGAUCCCGACUAUUCGUGCGCCUAUGUGACAAUUCAUCUCUCUAAAACCGACUUGAAGGGAUACGGGCUCACGUUUACGUGCGGAAGGGGCACAGAAAUUGUGGUCCAAGCCGUAAAAACUAUGAGCUAUUUGGUCGAGGGUGAAAACUGCCACGACAUUUGGAAUGAUUUUGCCGGCUUUUAUCGGAAACUGACCAGUGAAUCUCAACUGCGGUGGGUUGGACCGGAAAAAGGCGUGGUACACUUGGCGACAGGUGCUAUAAUAAAUGCACUGUGGGAUGUGUGGGCUCGAUACGAGAAUAAACCGCUUUGGAAGCUGCUGGUUGACCUUUCUCCGGAAAAAUUGGUUUCGACCAUCGAUUUUCGUUAUAUUAGAGACGUCUUGAGUCCGGAAGAGUGUAUAAGCAUGCUUAAAGAAAAGGGAAAAGAACAGGCGGACAGAGAAAAGGAGAUUUGCACGACGGGAUAUCCAGCAUACACGACGUCUGUCGGAUGGCUGGGUUAUACUGAUGACAAUAUAAAGAAACUUUGCCAGGAAUAUUUGGACAAAGGUUUCACGUCGUUCAAGGUCAAGGUGGGUCAAUGCUUGGAAGAUGAUAAGCGAAGAUGUAACAUGGUCCGGAGCGCGAUUGGCCCCAAGAAUAAUUUGAUGAUUGAUGCCAAUCAGCGAUGGGAAGUACCAGAAGCCAUUGAGUGGGUGACAGCUCUCAAAGAAUAUAAACCUUUGUGGAUUGAGGAACCCACAUCCCCAGACGAUGUCCUUGGACACGCAACGAUCGCCAAGGCUCUGAGACCAUUGGGGAUCAACGUUGCGACCGGAGAGAUGUGUCAAAAUCGAGUAAUUUUCAAGCAACUAUUGCAAUCCAAUGCUAUUGCUUAUGCUCAAAUUGAUUCCUGCCGAGUUGGAGGGGUGAAUGAAAAUUUGUCCAUUUACUUCAUGUGCAAGAAAUUUGGCGUCCCUGUCUGCCCCCACGCUGGAGGAGUUGGUCUCUGUGAAUUAGUUCAACAUCUGCAGUUCUGGGAUUACCUUUCUUUAAGUGGGGAAAAGGAAAAUCGGAUGAUUGAAUGGGUUGACCAUCUCCACGAACACUUUGUCACACCCAUCACGGUCAUCAACGGAAAGUAUAUUGCUCCAAAGGUGCCUGGUUUUAGCAGCGAAAUGAAAGAAGAAUCGAUUGCAUACUACCAAUUUCCAAAAGGAACUUAUUGGGAGAAUCGUGCCAAUCCGGACCACAUUAUGCUCGCCCAAUAAAAAUUAUGUGACAUUAAUUGCACAAAAAAUGAUUAAAAUACAUUUCACUAGUAUGUAUUUGGAAGCAUUUGGAAGAAUUUGACCUGGGUUGGAAUAAAUUAUUUAAUGGGAAGUA